AUGCCUAACAAAACGGUGCUAUUUACCCCUGCUCAGUUUGUGGGCACUGUGAACCCCAGUAUAGGUAUGGCUGAGGUAUUGCGAGACACCGGUCGAUACCGCUGUGUGUUUGCGGUGACCAACGAUUGGAAGUCACGGCUCGAGUCCAUUGGGUUUGAGGUGAGACUUAUUGGACAACCGGUGGACAGGGAUGCGACCACUAAUCGGAUGGGAUCAGCUGAAAGUAAUUAUAAAGAGAUUGAGGCGUCGGGACAGUUAGAAAACACCACUCCAUUGGAAAAUGCUAUUCGUGUCAAUGAGUGGGCCGUAAACUUGGGUCUCAAAGAGAUUAUAGAAACGGAUCCAUUGGUUAAGGCUAUUAUAGAGGACCUGAAACCUGAUGUCAUAAUAAGUGACCUGCUUAUUCAUUUACCUUCUAUAUACACAUCGGGCAUACCCUGGAUAUUCAGUUGCAGUGCUAAUCCAUUGUACAUAAACUACGGUUACCCGGAUAACAUACUUCCACCAGCAUUCUUAGGUUUGCCGACAAAUAGUGGGAUAGAAGUGAAGGAGAAAUACAGACAACAAGUUUGGGAAAGAAGUCGUGAAAAGUGGUAUAAAUAUAGGGAUCAAUUGGUUUCAAUGGGAUGUCCCAAACUUCAAGAGUUCCUAAUCUGGACCCCAUCCCCAUACGCUAACAUAUAUAUGACACCUAAGGAAUUGGAUUAUACGGAUGUCAGACCACUUCCCGACACUUUCCAUGGAUUUGAUAAUUUUAAACGAACCGAAAAUGAAGACACGUUUGAAAUCCCCGAAUGUCUUAAGAAUAGGUCCGGAAAACUAAUUUAUCUAUCGUUGGGAUCCAUUGGAUCCGGAAAUGUAGAGCUCAUGAAGAGAUUGGUUGCGAUUUUGUCCAAAUCUAAGCACCGGUUCAUUGUCUCCAAAGGUGUCAAUCACGAGAAGUACUCGUUGGCGGACAAUAUGUGGGGCGAGAGGUCUGUCCCACAGAUAAAAGUGUUGCCAAUCGUAGACCUAAUGAUAACACACGGCGGCAACAAUUCUGUGACGGAAACCAUGAAUUUCGGGAAACCUAUGAUAGUCUUACCACUGUUUGGGGAUCAAUUCGAUAACGCACAGAGAGUUAUGGAAAAGGGAAAGCUAACGGUGCUGUUUGCCCCUGCGUUGUUUGUAGGCCCAGUGAACGCCAGUAUAGGUAUGGCCGAAGUGCUGCGAGACAUCGGUCGACAUAACUGUGUGUUUGCGGUGAACAGCGAUUGGAAGUCACGGCUCGAGUCCAUUGGGUUUGAGGUGAGACUUAUCGGAGAUGAGGUGGACAGGGAUGUAGUGGUCACCGACUCAGCCGAUAGUAACUCAGCAGAUGCUGAGGAAUCGGGAGCUUUUCAAAACAUAAGUCCAUUGGAAAUGACUAUUUGUUUCAAUGAAUUUUUAUUGAAUUACGGGUUGAAAGAGAUUAAAGAAAUGGAUCCAUACGUCAAGAAUAUUAUCUCCGACCUCAAGCCUGAUGUCAUAAUUAGUGACAAUGCCAUACAGUUCCCAUCUAUAGUCACAUCAGGUAUACCCUGGAUAUUCAGUUGGAGUAGUAGUCCAUUAUCAUUGGAUACGGGUUAUCUCGAUAAACGACUUCCGCCAUCAUAUUUAGGAUUGCCGACAAAUAGUGAGACAGAAGUGAAGGAGAAAUACAGACAACAACUCUGGGAAACAAACACUGAAUUGUGGUAUAAAUUCAGAGAUCACAUGAUUACCUGUGAAUGUCCUGCACUGAUAGAGUUCAUGAUGUGGACCCCAUCCCCUUAUGCUAACAUUUAUAUGACACCUAAGGAACUGGAUUAUAUUGAUAUCAGACCACUUCCUCAUAAUUUCUAUGGAUUUGAUUGUUUCAAACGCAGUGGAAAUGAAGAUUAUUUUAAAGUUCCCGAAAGCCUUAAGAAUAGAUCCGGAAAACUGAUUUAUCUAUCGUUGGGAUCCAUUGGAUCCGGAAAUGUAGAGCUUAUGAAGAGAUUGGUUGCGAUUUUGUCCAAAUCUAAGCACCGGUUCAUUGUCUCCAAAGGUGUCAAUCACGAGAAGUACUCGUUGGCGGACAAUAUGUGGGGCGAGAGGUCUGUCCCUCAGUUUGGUGUCAAACAUAAUGAGUACGAAUUGGCGGACAAUAUGUGGGGCGAGAGGUCUGUCCCACAGAUAAAAGUGUUGCAAAUUAUUGAUCUCAUCCUAACUCACGGCGGGAACAACACUAUCACUGAAACCUUUUAUUUCGGGAAACCUAUGAUAGUCUUACCAUUAUUUGCGGACCAAUACGAUAACGCACAGAGAAUAGUGGAAAAGGGUGGAAAUGAAGACAUUUUAGAAAUACCGGAAACUCUUAAGAAUAGGUCCGGAAAACUGAUUUAUCUAUCGUUGGGAUCCAUUGGAUCCGGAAAUGUAGAGCUCAUGAAGAGAUUGGUUGCGAUUUUGUCCAAAUCUAAGCACCGGUUCAUUGUCUCCAAAGGUGUCAAACAUAAUGAGUACGAAUUGCCGGACAAUAUGUGGGGCGAGAGGUCU